AUGGCAUAUUACCCUGAUGCACUUUAUGCAAGUUUCGGCGAAAAUCCAGAUCUUUGUCUGUCAGAUCCAUGCAACAGAAAGAAGAAAAAGGUGUUCGUUAUUCCAGUUAUUGCAUCAUCAAUAGCAGCAGUCCUGGUCCUUCUAUUCAUCUUUAGUGCUCUGGCUAUCUAUAGAAUGAAAAGACAUGGAGGUACGGUUACCAAAUCUAGUAUCAAAUCACAGAAUCAACAGUAUAGCUACUCUGAGGUUGUGAGCAUAACUAAUAACUUCAAAACCAUCAUUGGGGAAGGAGAAUUUGGAAAAGUGUACCUUGGAAAACUGAAAGAUGAAACUAAAGUUGCUGUUAAGCUCCUCUCUACUUCAUCAUACCAAGGCUAUAAGGAAUUUCAAGCAGAGGCACGACUCUUGAUGAUAGUUCAUCAUAGAAACUUGGUUUCUCUUGUUGGAUACUGUGAUGAGGGUGAAAAGAAGGCACUCAUAUAUGAGUACAUGGCUAAUGGCAAUUUGCACCAACAUUUAUCAGUUACAAACACAAAUGUCUUGACAUUGAACGAGAGACUUCACAUUGCAGUGGAUGCAGCACAUGGGUUGGAGUAUCUACAUAAUGGUUGCAAGCCACCUAUAAUCCAUAGAGAUUUGAAACCUUCCAACAUUUUGAUAAAUGAACACAUGCAAGCCGAGAUAGCUAAUUUUGGGCUGUCUAGAGCCUUUGCAACUGAAAGUGACUCUCAUGUGUCAACUCGCCCAGCUGGCACAUUGGGAUACCUUGAUCCUGAAUUUCAAGCAUCUGGAAACUUUUAUAAGAAAAGCAAUGUCUAUAGUUUUGGAAUUAUUUUGUUUGAGCUAAUCACAGGCCGCGCUGCAAUAGUAAGAGGCCCUGUGAAAAACAGUCACAUACUUGACUAG